GGCGGGCGGGGGGAACGGGGCGGCCCCGGGCACGGCGGGAGCGGCCCCAGGAACCCCAAGAGCCGCGGGGAUGAAGGACCGGCUGGCGGACCUGGCAGAGUAUAAAGGAAAUGAAGAUGGGGAGACAGUUAUUAUUGAAAAAGACCAUUUCAUGGAUGACUUUUUCCAGCAGGUUGAGGAAAUUAGAAAUAAUAUAGCAAAAAUAGCACAAAAUGUGGAAGAAGUGAAGAAGCAGCACAGCAUUAUCCUGUCAGCACCAAAUCCUGAAGGAAGAACAAAGGAAGAACUUGAAGAAUUAAAUGAGGAAAUAAAGAAGAUUGCCAACAAAAUCCGGGCCAGGCUAAAGGCUAUUGAACAAAGUUUUGAGCAGGGUGAAAAUGCCAGUCGGACAUCAGUGGACCUCAGGAUAAGGAAAACACAGCACUCUGUGUUGGCUCACAAGUUUGUGGAGGUGAUGACGGAAUACAACGAGACCCAGACUCUGUUUCGAGAACGCAGCAAAUGUCGGAUACAGAGGCAAUUAGAGAUCACUGGAAAGACCACCACUGAUGAGGAACUGGAAGAAAUGUUAGAGAGUGGUAAUCCUUCCAUUUUCACUUCUGAUGUAUGUAUUUCUGCUCCAGCUAUGUCUCUCUUCUAUUCUACUGCUCCUGCUCUUCAGGAGUGUGUCAGCAGGUCCUUACUUGUGUCCUUAUCUUUGUCCAUCCUCCCAAAGAUUAUAUCAGACUCUCAAAUAACCAGGCAAGCUCUGAAUGAGAUCGAGUCCCGUCACAAGGAUAUUAUGAAACUGGAAUCCAGCAUAAAGGAACUUCAUGAAAUGUUUAUGGACAUGGCAAUGUUUGUUGAGACUCAGGGUGAAAUGAUCAACAACAUAGAGAAGAACGUGAUGAAUGCAACAGAUUAUGUGGAACAUGCAAAAGAAGAGACAAAAAAGGCAGUUAAAUAUCAAAGUAAAGCACGAAGGAAAAUGUGGAUAAUUAUCAUUGUGUCAGUGGUGUUGGUUGCCAUAAUUGCUCUAAUUAUUGGUUUGUCUGUUGGUAUUCGGUGAUGGUUGGAUAACCUCAGCAUGCAUGUCUUCCUGCCACUGUGGCAAAAUUGAUGUUCAUCAUUAUAUGUGUAACUGUAUUGCUUUUGAUACUUGGAAUUAUCCUUGCAACAACACUGUCCUAGCAAGCACAUUCCAAGAGUUAUGAACCUUCAGCAACUCCAAAAUACAUCUUUAGUAAAACCAAACCUUGACCAGAAAUGAUGCCUUACACUGUUCCGUGAUGAUGACCUGUCACUAAUGGCUCAAAAUGAAAGCAAAAUCACUCUUAAUGUUUACUCAUAAACAAAGAUCAGAAUGUAUUAGGAUGUGUAUGGAUUUUCAUCAUAAACUAGGUUUGUAAGACUGACACUUGCUCUUCAUUGUUUUGAACUAGAGUAACUUAGGGUUUUUUUUCAUAUCUCAGUGUUAUAGUUUAAAUAGGGAGUUGAGAGACAAUUGAGUUUUUGACUGUUUUGCUUUUUUUCCUAUUGCUAACAUAAUUCUAAUCAUGAAUUUAGUACCUUGCUGGUGCUGCCUUUGUUAGUACUCUUGUGAACAUUUUUAUGAGAUAUAGCCUUGUCUUUAUUAAUUAUUUAGUCACCUUAACCUAUAUAAGCUUUAUGCUUAAAUAUUUUCUUCUCCAACAAGUGCUAAAAUAUUUUAACCUGAAAAGACUUAUUUAACUGUCUGCUUAGUGCAUUACACCCGAGAAGAAAAAAAAAAAAAAGCUUUUUUACACUUGGCAGUUUAUUAAUUUUUUUCUUCAAUAUAAAUUGCUUUAAAUAUUUCCUUCCUAUUUAAUAAAAAGUUAGUUGGAACAUUUCUGGCAAACGAAGACUGCAGUGAAGCACACUGAAUUUGCACUUGAGCAAAGGAAGCUGAUGGAUCAGUUCAGCCUUAUUGUUCAUAUGAAUAUGACAAAAAUUACAUUCUAAAGCCAAAUCAAGUUUUCUUGUUUCGAGCCUUGCUAAUGCUGAUGUAUGAACAUGGCAUGAGGAUGAACUCCUUCAGAGAAUCUACAGCAUAAUACAAACUAAGACACUGACUUGUUAUGAAAUAUCUGUAUAUAUAACAUAGAUGAAGUGUUUUAGUGUAUACAUGCCUGUUGUAAUCCUAGCUUUCGUGACUUGAAAUACUUCAAAUGUACCCAAAUAACUGCAUUUAAUGUUACAGGUUAUUUUUGUAUUUUAUUUUUUUGUGUGUGUGUGUAAAAUAUUUGUAACUUGCCUUUGUGACUCCUCAUUGUUGAAGCAUAUCCAUGUAGAUAUGUAGAUCUAAUUCUCUUACAGUGUAAAUAUAGGAAAGGAUGAUCUGUGCCUUUUUAAGCACAGUCUGAAACCACACUCGUUGAUGUUUUCAAAUAGUCAGCUCUGAUCUGAACUGCAGUGACUUGGUCCUGCAAGGUCAGAAUCCUUCAACUUGCAUUUUAUUGGAAGUGUCUGAGAUCAAAGUUACUCUGUAAACUAGAAUUCAGUUUGACUUCAUGAAAUUCAGCAAAGUUUACAAUUUAUAUUGUAUGUAUGAAUAUUCCUGCUUUGCUGUCCAAAUAUACUGUGAAUGUGCUGGAGUUACUCAGAUGUCAAACGUUUAAAAACCAACAAAAAAUACUAUUAUUGGUCCUUUUCAAGUCAGCCAUAAAGAAGUCGCUUGAAAAAUUUGGCUUCAUUAAUGAACAAAUUUCUUUUACCUCUAAGUCCAGAACACUCACUGAUGUUUGUGAGGAAGUUUACAAGCAAAGUAAGGAAAGAUUGGUUGCCUUAGUACUUGUUCUAGGUAAAUAUAUUUUUUAUUCUGUAGUUUUCUAGGUUUUUAUCAGUAUAUAUUAUUUAUACAGAUACACAAAUUACAUAGAGGGGAAAAAUCAGUCCUGUUAUAUUGUAUUUUUCAUUUUUCUUUAUAAUGCAGUAAUUUGCCCAUCAAGACCAGAAAUUUGAAUAGGCUACUUGUUGUACAGCUGCCUCAAUGAGUUUGUUUUAAAACAAAACACAACUUUGUUUUUCACAGGAGAAUGUGAAAUCUUCUUGGAGGGGAGUAAAUCUCUAACCUAUGCACUAAUAAAUUCAUCUAAGCGAGUA